GGGAAUACAGUGACUGUUGAAAACAGGCAACUAAAUCCACAGUUAAGAAUAAUACUGAGGAUAUAAACCUAUUAUCCAGAACUAAACUAUAAUGGCGAAUGUAUAAUCUAGUUUACACUGGAACGUCGAGAGGAUAUUGAAAGCUGCACAGUGACCCUGAAGUCAGGUUGUAGCCGUUUUUUGACCUUGUCUAACACCGUAUAGUAUUUGGGUGUUUAUUACGAAAAUAAUAACAUUUUAAAACUUAAUUCUCUAUCAAAAAUGACUUAUCAUGAAAUGUACAGAAGCACUACACUGGGGACUACCCUUCGUGAAGCCCUAGAUGAAAUGCUAGCACAUAAUCUACUACAGCCUGGAAUGGACCACAAGGUUAUGCAGAAGUUCGACCAAUGUAUAAGUAAUGCUUUGGCAAAACGUGUUAAAAACCGUCUUUCGCUUCGUGGUCACCUGAACACUUACAGGAACUGUGACAAUGUAUGGACGUUAGUGAUGAAUGAUGUGGAAAUAAAAGAUUCCUCUGCUAUUAUGACAGUUGAUAAGAUAAAAAUAGUUGCUUGUGAAGGCAAGAAUGCAAAACCAACCUCCUCAAAAAUAUCUGUAUCCUCAGUCAGUGAUCGUUCAAGGUUAGGUGCUGGUAUAGGCGGCGAGGAUAACGAACAACGCGAAGCUUUUGAUUCUGGAGAUGAGAUGGAAUAACGAGUGAUGGUUACUAGAGUGUAAUUUAUUAGGUGUGAUAUAAGAAAUAACUUGUACAAAUCAUUCUAAGAAUACAUUUUUUUUAUCUAA